GAUUCAAUCGAUGCUCCAAACAGAGAAGGUAUUAUAGAAUCAGUAUACGCCCAAAAUGUUCUUUGGUUACCUCAUUUUUAAUUCUAUUUCUUUUUGGAACUCAACUUAAUCUUUCUCUGUAUGUGUUCGUCUCAAUUGUAUUCAUUUUUAUUAGGGCCUUUCAGAGCCGUCGCAUGACUUUUGGAGGCCUCCUGCAACUUUCGGCCUCCGUUUUCAAUUUUCAAAGUUUGUUUAUUAAUCUGGGCCUUAUUUACUUCUUAAAAUAAGUUUUGGUAAAUUUUAAGGACGAAUGCCACUAUUUUAUCGAAUUUCACGAAUGUAUCCCUAAAUGGAUCCCUAUGCCUAACCUGAACCCUAAAUCGAUCCCUAUGCCUAACCUGAACCCUAAAUCGAUCCCUAUGCCUAACCUGAACCCUAAAUUGAUCCCUAUGCCUAACCUGAACCCUAAAUCGAUCCCUAUGCCUAACCUGAACCCUAAAUCGAUCCCUAUCCUGAACCCUAAAUCGGUCCUUCAACCUAACCUAAACCCUAAUUCACUGCAACUAUAAUAAACACACAAAAGAUGCCGUGGCAUCCGUCCUUAAUAAUAGCCUUAGUUUUAAACUUGAAAUGAAAUGGAGAAAACCCUAGCUUAAGAUUUUGAUUUAGGUUGCUAAAUUAGGCCUACGUCAUUGAUCAGCUGUGACUAUGAAUCAGGAACCUUAAAAACGUAUAAGUUACUCCAACUAAAUGGACUCAAGACUAAAAUCUGAAUCUUAACUAACAGUUACACUAACAAUACUAACAUGAUUCAAUUGUAAUUAUAUUUUUUUUUUACUUUUUAAAUAGAAGGCCUAAAACCAGUUUUGCUUUUAUUUAUUUUCAUUUACCCUAGUCCUAGGCUUAUUGAAAAGGCACAGCCAGGCGUUAGUUUACAUUUACUUUAGACCAGUUUUGGGUAGGACGAGAAGUGCCUUAAGCAUAAUAUGCAAUGUGUAGAGUGCAAUGCCUUCUUCCAGUCAUUGGCCUAAGAAAAUUCAAGAUAAAAGGAGCCAUUCAAUUAAAUAUAACCCUCAGAUAUGCAGCUAUACCCAACAACAACCUCCAGUUUUCUCCUUCCCUACAAUAGCCUCAACUGUAAUUUCUACACGCUGCACAGAAAUUAUAGACAUUUAUUAGAUAAAUUGAUCGUGGGCCCUUAAGAUAUAGAAGAAGAAGAUAUUUCAAUAUCUUUCAGUAUAAGUUGUAAUCUGACAAUGACUGUGCCAUGUUGUCUGCAAAGUGCGGAUAGAGGAAGUGUCAUGCAUUAAAAUUAAAACAAUAGCAAACUGCACCCUGGGAAACCCAUUUAUAUAUGAGGCUUAUAGUGCCCAACCAAAAUAAAUUCAGAUAACAGUCUUUUUUUUUGUUUACGAUUAAAAGGCAUUUUGACACUUAUUCUCAAAUAAGUAAAUUAACAAGAUAAAAAUGUAUGCCAAAUGAAAUUAAUUGUCGAGGAAGAACAUUCAUUGGUCAAUAUUUAUAUCUUGAACACUCUCUCCUUGUUACAUCAUCCCGGCCCCGCCCAUUCUGAUGCUGAAAAAAUAAUAUCAUGCCUCUUAAUAUGUGAUGUUAAUUGUAAAUUUUUAAAAAUUUCCAAUAUAAUUUUAGAAGAAUUAAUUUAAUUAUUAUUAAUUUUAAAAUAUGGACAUUUUCAUUCAUAAUAAUUUCCCUUCUGAGACAAUUCUCAUAGCUAUUGCCAUUACAACUUUGCAUGAUUUAGACAGAGUUGCCAUUUCCAAUAAUAGCUGAUUUAGUUGACCUGAACUAUUUAAUGAAACUCUGAUUUUAUUAUUGAUUUUUUAAAUAUUUUUAUUCCCUCAGAAUUUCAAUUUAUUCUGGAUGAUGCCAUAACCAUUACGAGAAUGAAUUUACUUUUCUUAUCUGUUACGUCAACUAUUUUGUGUGUUAUCAUAGCCUUUACGCUAAAGUAUCUUUCACUUCUUCGCUGGAUCAGUGGACAUGCUUAUGUGCUUAGUAAGGUAAUGACUUCAAGUAUUUUAACAAAUCUUAUUAUUUUUUAUUUUCUUGCUCUAUUUUAACUGCCUUUUUCAAAAAAUUUAUAUUAUGUAUAUAUGAAUCUUGAUUGUGUAUCGGUUUUUUUUUAAAUCUUUUAGCCCAAAAUAUUUCUAAAUUCCAAAAAUCUUGAAAUUUGUAAACAGCUUGCCUGGCUGUAUAUUUGCAUUAAUCAAAAACAAAUCUAGAGGCAUCACAUAAUGCAUUGGAUAAUUAAAUACUUACAUUUUUUUUUCAAAUUUUUGCUUGCUGAAGAAGUCACCAGCAUUGCUAUUUGAAUGUAACAGCUAAAACAUUGAAGCUAUAUUUAAUAAAAUCAUUGCAUUAAAUAUUAACUUUUAAAUCAGAAAUAUAGUGUGAAAAUUGUAUUUGAAAGUUUUUUCAUUUCUUUUAAAUUUGGCAUCUUGUGCAAAUAUUGAGUGCAAGUUAUGUGGCUUUUGGGAAGCUCUGCUUUAAAAAAAAUUGUGUAAAUUCUAGUUCAUUGUCCAUUGAAAUACAUUCAUCUUUUCUUUCACAUUAAGCUUAAAAAGGUAAAUCUGUUUUCCACAGAGAAGGGAACACUUUAGCAUAUUAGAGGUGCUAGAUCUCUUUAAAAAUGUUCGGGUAUGUAUGACAAGUUAGUCAAGUUUAUGUGUCGUCUUUUCUUUUAUUAAAAACAUAUAGGCACAAAGUAAUGGACGCUUUAGUAAAAUAAAAAUGAGCUCCCACCACCUUCUUAUUUACCUCCAACUUCAAAAAUAUAAAUACUCCUAAAUUAAGGUGUGUUGUUUUUUUUUUGUUUUUUGGUCAAUGACUAAUAACUACGAAGUAACCUGAUUUUAAUUUUUUUAAUUUUUUUAUUUACCCUAUGUGGAAUAAUUUAAUAGGAGGAUUUGUCUUUUUUUUUUCAUAUUUCAGAAUAAUAAAAACCAAUUUGUAAUUAUUUAUUUACAGCCUUUCCCCAUCUCAUGCCAGAAGGGUUGGAAAAUUGACAGCUUUGCCCACGGCCACCGCAUUUGGUUUAAUUUCCUGACAUUUCCUCACAAUUUAAAUGCUCCAUCUAUAAAGGUUUAUGCUGUUUUUGAUAAAGUCAAAUCCUCAUCACAGGUACUUUUGAUUUGAUUGUUUAUUUUUCCAUAACAUAGCCAGUUGGUAUCAAUAUGAGAUUUGAUGGUCACAGAAGGAAUUUGUGUGAAACAUGUUUUAUUAAAACAGUUUAUUUGCACAAGUUUUACCUGUUGGUGACAAGAUUUAAAUAUUUUGCUGUCACUCUUCAUGCAGGCAUUACUGCAAGUUUUAAAAGACAUAACACAGUCAUGUGAGUGGAAGCCAGGGGUGAUUUCAACUUCCAACACCAACAACCUGACAACUCAUGAGAUGCCCAUUACACCCAAAGGCCUUCCGUCUAUGCCUGUUCAGGUAAGUAACCAUCCUGUAAUAAAACAGGUAUUAAAAAAUGACGUACUGCAACAAAACACAUACAGCUAGGUGAAAUCAUUCUGAAUAGUCAUAAUAAUUUUUUUCUAUUUCAUAACCUUAUUUUUCACCUCCAAUAAAGCUGUUUGUAAAUAAAUGUGAUGUAAAAAUUGUAUGUAUUGGGGAAAAAAAUUUAAUUUCCCAAAUUUCGAGGGGUCAUAUCUAGUACGUUGAUAACAUUUAAGUCAGAGAAGAAAGCAUGAUACAUUGUGAAAGCAAUCAGACCAACAGAAACCCUCCUGGAAAUGUGCUGAAGAAAAAUAUUUCCCUACCAGAUUGACUGUGUCAAAGAAGAAAGACUCAGCCACGCAGAAUCAAAAUUUGGGUUGCUGAACUAUGAUCCAUGGUUUACAGAAAAUGUGGUACCAACAGUUUCUGUUGAAUUUAAAAGGUUAGUUUGAAUUUAUUUCUAUAAAAUGAUAGUUGUAAGUUGAAUGAAGCUCAGCCUGUCUCCUUGCAGAAUCCUUUUUUUACAGCUGUAAAUAAACUUAACAAAUUAUCUUAUAAAAAAAUUUCUUUUAACUGUUAUGAAUAUUAGGUCAUCCUGUCAUUCCCAUGAAUAUUAGGUCAUAUUGUUAUUCUCCCUGCUUCCGCAAAUAACAAUAUUAAAGAGAUUCUUUACAACUUACAAAAGAAAAAAGCAUGGUGUUUAGAUUCUAGUUUCUGCUCGAAAAAUUAAAACCUGGAGAAAACCCAUAUAUUUUGUUAAAUAAACAUCUAAAUAUUCAAAGAUUCUGAAAGCUUUGUAUUAUAAAAUUGUAUUUUUAACUUAAAAUUUCCCGCAGGUUCUGGCACAGAGAAAAUAAUGGUGUCUGUUGGUUGUUACAAAUGAAUGAAGCUUUGCAAACAUGUGAAUUUUAUUUAGUCCAACCAGUGCAAGGUAAUUUCAACUGUCAAAAAAUUUAAGAUUUGUUUUAACACUGAGUAUCAAAUUUGAUUUUGUUAUAGAAUCAGGCCUAGUGAGGUACACAUAUUCUUAAAAUAGACAUUGUAUCUUUGCUAUAAACAUUUAUAGGGCUGACUUCCAGCCGUUAGAACUCAUUUACUUUAUUCACAGAGGAUUACCACUCUUUGUUAGACCAAAUCUAUUAAAAAAUACUCCCAUUCUCUAUAAAUGUAAAUAAUUAUCAAAACCUAGUGCUGUGUGCUCAUGUGAUAAUAUUUUGAACAGAAUCAAGCUGCUCCCCUUUCUGUUUAUUCUCUUGUAAAGUGAUGGGAGUUUCUUUCUAAGUGCUCAUUAUAACUUAAAUAUAUUCAUUUUUAUCCAGAGGUGGAUCACUGUUUGCUGUCAGUUGUUACAUGGUCUCGGAAAAGCUCAAAAUCCUCUGUUGAUAAGGCAUCAAUCUUACUUUCGUCAUUAGAAGAGUACAUAGCUUUGCGCAAACUUCAGAAGACCCCUCUGACUACAAUAACACUACCACAAGACCUUUCGGAGAGUGAUGCAGAGUCCAGUGACAGCAGCCAGGGGAAUGAAUCCAUCAAUCCUGACACACCAAUACUCAGGAAAAUGAAACACUUCAUUCUGGAUAGACAUUCCAGUAGCAGUAGUGGCACAUCCAAAAGAAAGACGGAACUGGAGAAAUACUCAUCCAUACUUAGGUAUAGAUGGAAAAAUGGACGCACACCACAGGCCAGCGGUGUAAACAGUGAUGGGACAGCCUCAUCCCAGUGUGGUGAUUUCACACCAGUCCACGCUCCAGAGUGCUUAACUUCAAAUGCUGGUGACUGUUCAGAUCAGAGACAAAAGUCGGCCUUGCAGAGAUCCAUAAGUGAUGGGGUGGCAUUCAAACAAAGCCGUCAAAUGAACCAAGAACUGGAAGACCAGUUGGCAGACUCUGAUACCAGAUCGGAAACAGACGCCAGACCGUACAAUGAGGGAAAUAUUUCAGAACAUCCAAGCUCAGAACCUGGAGAAGGUGUUUCAGCUGAAGGUUGGUUUGUUGAUGUGUUGUGACCCUUUGAGUUGAUUACAAAGCUCUUUGUGUGAUUGGUGUAGAAUGGUUUUUAAAUAUUUAAUGAAUUCCUCAUAUAAUAAUAACAAAAAUUGUGCUGAUAUGUAAUUGUGUGUUCAUUGUUUCCCUCAAUACAAAUAAUAUGUGAUUUUUUUUUAAAUUUCUAGACUUGGAAAUUGCCCGUUACAAGACAACAAGCAACCAGUGUGCAGCUGAAGUUAUGGCUGAGGUUAGUUUCUGAAUUAUAGGCCUAUCAUGUUUAUUUAAGAUUAAUGUAAUGGGACUCCAUUCUUUACUUAUUGAGACGUAAGUAUAAAACUAAUGACCUUUCUUUCUGUCCUAAAAAUCUCAUGUAACAUUCAAUGGUCGAUUUUUUUAUUUAUUAAUGCUGAAUGAUUACCAAAAUGAGACCCUAGUGGGGGGGGGUUUUCUGUAAGUAUACAAAAUAUUUUAAAAAUAAUUUAAAAAGUAAUUUUUCUGCUUCCUGCUAGUGGUGAUGUUGGCAUGCAAUGCUUAGUUCUACAUAUUGGAAUAGUGAUAUUUCAGAAUUGAAUUUUUUAAGUUAUGUUUUUUUACUUAUGUAGUGUCUGCGGGCAUCAAAUAUAGACCUGGAACGUACAUCAGAGGAACAAGCGGCAUCAUCAGGAGGAUGGCUGUAAGUAAUUGUAAAUAUCCUAAAACAAUGUCAAUUUAUAAAGAAAUGUGCUGGCACUUAAGGACUAAUCCAUUAUGUUUUGGGCCUGCAUCUGCAGUAAACUAAACUUUCAGCUCAAGCUGAAUUAAAUAGUGUGCUGGCUUUGUAAGUCUGAGCAUCCUGGUUGUGAAAUCCUUGAGUCAUCUCAUCAGUUUGUAUAAUUAAUAAAUGAAUACGCUAAGCCGAAGAUACCUUUUUCUUUUAGAUUUACUAUUAUUUCCUUUUAAACCCGAAGGAACAUUGACACUUUUUUUUUAGACAAGAUCGAUGUAUAUUUUCAGUUUCAUGUUUCUCUUUCCUUAUAUCGCAGGUUAAUUCAAAGAACAGUUUUUAUUUUUGUAAAGGCAGUCGAAUUAAAAUGUGUUGUGAUGUAGGCGUAUUUUAUCUAUGUCUGAUAGUUAGUGUUAUAUCUUUUUAUUAACAUAUAAUUGUGUAUGUCUUUGCUUCCAAUUAACACAGGUUUUCCUUUGUGUCAGACUGCUGACUAUUUUGUGUUUCUAUGGUUAUGUAUUUCCAGAUUUUCUUCAUUUGAAAAAAACAUUGUUGUCUUAAAGAAAUUGCAAAGAAGUGGCUCCUCAGUUCAAAGGUAAUUCCUUGUCCGACAACAAAUAGAUUACUUUAACUUUAAAAUGUUUACUGUCGUUUCAGAGCAAGUCAAUAAAAAAUAAUUAUAAAUUUUAGAAUGAAAAGGGGGAAAAAAAACAUAUCUUUUUCAAAGUCAGUGCUGCUUACAAGUGCAUCAGCUUUAUUGGCUAUGAUGUUAAUGUUAUAUUGAAGUGCUUGGAAGACAAGAAUUUUUAUCUAUUGCUGGUUAUUUGUACUUGAGAGUAAUACGCUUUUCUUUAAAAGAAAAAAAUUUGUUACGUACAGAUUAAUUUAAUGAAACUUGACUUUCAUUUUGAUCAAAGCUGCCUGAUUGUUGUAUCAGUAUUCAGGUUUUUGUGUAAAUUAGAUUUUACAGUCAAGUUUUGUAUUCUCCCUGUCAGCUUACAAACACAUCUAAUGAUUACAUUUUACUUUUUUGUUUUGCUUUGAUUUAAUAGUUUCCAUAAGAGUCACCGUAGUUUCAUUCAAAUUUGCAAGCGUAAUAUGUUUUUGUUGACUAGUAGGGGUAAAGAGCAAAAUUUCUCACAGAAAACAAUGUUUAGAAUAAUUUAUUUCUAGUUCAUAAUCAUUUCCACAAAUUUAACAUAUAUAUUUAUGGCACUGAGCAAAAAUGAAUGACAAAGAAAAAAUUCCAAGAAGUAAAUAACUGUGUUUGUUAUAAUUUUAUCAAAUUUCCAUACAAAAAAACCUAUGGCUGAUGUUGUCUUGAUGCGUCACCAUUAACACUUUGUUGUCAAAUUCUAAUUCUCCAUUCUCGUCUAAUUUUUCAAAGUUACAUUGGAAAAGGAUUUGUAUUGGCACCACCAAAGACUGUAUGGGAUGCUGUUAAAAAUCCACGCACAAGAUUCACCUACGAUGAUACCUUGAAGGUGAGUUAUAGUAUUAACUUUUGCGGCAUCAAAUGUAACAGGGAUAAAAUACAUCUGCAUUUUAAGUACAGGCCUUUUGUUUGAAAAUAAACUAAACCUCGCCAUGACUGCUGUGUUAAAAAUGUUAAGUUCAGACAACUAAUGUCCUUUUUCCUUGCUCUUUCAGAAAGUGGACAUCAUAGAGACAUUAAAUAACACACUGAAGAUUGGUAAAAAAAAAAUUCGUAUUGUUUCUUUACAGUUUUAUUAGAUAUUUUUUUAGAAAGGUAUAAAUUUUAUGCAUAACAACAAUUGUUGUCACUUUAAUUUCUUAUAGGUCUUGACCAUUUAUUAUUAUAUAAUUAAAUUCACAUUGUUAUUAUAUUUUUAAAUUCAAAUUGAAUAUUUCAAAACAUUUUUGCUUCAAUAGGGGUUGUUUGUUUUUUUUUUGGGGGGGGGGGGUGUUUUACUCAUUUUUUCCAAGUAUGUUGAUUGUUUCACGUUGUGUCGUCAGUUUACUUUUACCACGAGAGCCAACAAUUCCUCACCAAAGAGAGCUGUGGUAUGUGCGUAUUACAUGGGGAGAGGUUUCAAAUUGAAUAUUUCAAAACAUUUUUGCUUCAAUAGGGGUUGUUUGUUUUUUUUUUGGGGGGGGGGGGGUGUUUUACUCAUUUCUUCCAAGUAUGUUGAUUGUUUCACGUUGUGUCGUCAGUUUACUUUUACCACGAGAGCCAACAAUUCCUCACCAAAGAGAGCUGUGAUAUGUGCGUAUUACAUGGGGAGAGGCAAGAAGGCGAGAAUUACAUCCUGACCUACUCCAGUAUUGAACAUGACAAGUGCCCUGUUAACCCAAAUGUCACCAGAGCCAAGGUUAGAAAAGCCGUAGGAUGCAAUAAUUCUCUCUGGUUUCAGUGUUAUCGUGGUGCACAAUACCUCUCCCUGUUGUCUCCAGUGUUAUCAUGAGAUACAAUACUUCCAUCUGUUAUUUUCAGUGUUAUUGAAGGAUACAAUUACAAUACUUCUCCCUGUUGUCUUCAGUGUUAUUGUUUUACUUAAAUAAAGACAUUGUUAUUUCAUUGUAUUUAAAGUUUCAUAUCUGAUUAUCUAGAAGUUGUUGAAAAUGAUCACUCAUGGAACCGAGUGUAAAAUAUUUAAAAAUUUGAAAUAGUUUAGCCUAGCUAAAUUUUCAUAUCCGAUUAUCUAGAAGUUGUUGAAAAUGAUGACUCAUGGAACUGAGAGUAAAAUAUUUAAAAUUUUGAAAUAGGUUAGCCUAGCUAAAUGAUGAAUAGGUUAUUUUUAGGAAGGACAUAAUUUAUUAAGCAAAAAAAAUUAACUUUUAAUAAUAAACUGGAAUAAAUAAAUAUAAAUUUUAAAAAUGGAUCCUGUCCUGUUAUAACUCUUAGUACAAAUGAAUUGUUACUAUACCAGUAGAGCUGACUGGAUCUACAAGUUUUUCUUGUUUCUCCUGUUAAAUUUAGUUCUUACCAAGUGGCUGGAUAAUUGAACCUGCCAAACAAGACAACAAAGUUUACUCCAUAGUAACUUAUUUAAUGCAGGUCAGUACAAUGCUUUGGUACUUAUUUUAUGCAGGUUAACACAAUGCUUCACUCUACCAUUGUAAUAUUUUAUCCUAGUCAUCUUUAAGCGUCAGCCUGUGGGGUAGCUAGGGCCGCUCGUGGCGGACCAAGAAUUUAGCCCUCUCCCCCGCCCAGGCGAAAAAACUUUGCAGUUUGCCAUAAUUUUCAAAAACGCAACCCCUCCAUACAUAAAAAAAAAUUCAUUUUGGAUCGGACCACACCCCCUUCAUAAAUCACUGGUCAGGGUUCCUCAGUUGCUGAAUAUCACAUUAUGAGAAAAUAUUGGCAACUUUAUUCUGGCAAAUAAUUGAAAAUAUAUAUUUUUUUAUCUCCUUACAAAAAAUAUAUAACAAAAAAUAUAGGUCAUAGAGAUUUGUAUAUUUGAGAACAUAGAAAACAUAUAAAUUACAUUUAAUCAUAAGUGUCAAUACAAAUUAUUUUUUUAAUCUUUCCUAUUUGAUCAGUUUUAAAUACAUCUUGCUGAUACACAUUUGAAAAUUACCUCCUGGUGGAGCCCUAUUAUACUUAAUACAUCAGUAAAACAAUUUUUAUUACAUUUAUAUUUAAAAAUUGCAUCCUUGGUAUAUAUCUAAAAAGUUUUAAAAAAUGUGAAUGCAAAAAUUAAAUUAGGUCUUCCUCUUCACAAUAAGUUUUGUACUGAUGAGUUGUCUUCCACCAUCCUCUGUAAAAAGAUUAGGGUAAAAAGCUUUCAAACAAUAACUUUCAAACCCACCAGAGUUUACGAAAUCAUUUAUCAUAAAAACUUAUUGUCGUGCAUUCCAGAUUGACUUCGGCCGUUCACGAGAAGGAUACGACAAUCUCCCAUUCCAGGACAUGAUCUCCAGAUAUCCACUUAGCAUUGCUGACCUGCAGCAGUACCUCAAGCCCGCAGUUCAGAUGCUGCGAAGAAAAUCGCUAACUUAAACCAGAGUUCUCCCAUCUCCUUUCAUGCUUAACAAGGACAGAAUGUGUUGAAAGUCAAUUUUACCACUGAUGUUUAAGAGUUGCCUCUGCUCAGCAUUUGAGAUCAAAGUGUUCAGCGUUUAUGUUCUGAUGCAAUAUAUAUAUAUAUAUAUCUUAAUGUAACCAUAUCUUUCUUUCUAUGCUUAUAAUCUUUGUCAAGUAUAUAUGCACAAUGAAUAAUUUAUUUUUUAUAUACCACUCCAUGCCUUCAUUUUAGCCUGUCCUCAAAGUUUAAUCCUGUGGUUUGCACAUAAAGACUGAAGAAAUCUAGUGCAGUGAUUCUCAAACUGAUUCUUGUACUCAUCCACUCAACUCGUGACUGGUUAACUCAUUCUCUAGGGCUGUUUUUAACUUUAGCGCCUAAUAAAUAGUUUUAUGAACAAAGGGAAGUAACUCCAUUUUUAAUUGCAUUACUAACAUUUUUUAACAACCGCCGAAAAAUAACAAAAAAAUACCAAAAAAUCAGAUUUCGGCAUCUUGGACCAACACGUUGUAGAUAUAAGACAAACUGUACUAAUAAGCCUGUAGAUCAGAAAUGAAGAAAGAGAAAACUUCGGUUUACUUUAUUGAAAUCGCACUAUCUGGAUGUGUUCGUAGGGAAGGAGUGAAAAUAAAACAGUCCAGACACCAAUUGAGAAACUAAUGUCAUACUCGGUCCUAACUCUUCAAAGUUUAGUUCAGGGGCUUUGUUUGAGUUGAUCUUUUCUUGACUGUCAAAUAUUUUUUAUUUCAGUUUAAAAAUCAUCCACAUUUCCUGUGGGUUUUUCUGUUCCCCUCCAACCAGGGCAAAAGGAUUCUCAGAAUAACUGCACUAGAACCUGAACAACUAUCAUCAUAGAACAACUAUCAUAAUAGUAUGAACAACUAUCAUGAUAGUAUGGGAGGGGAUGUGCUUAUCCAUGACAGUUUGAAAAAAAAUGCUUGCCACUGCUAAUGGCAAAGGAUGAUUUGUUCAGCCAGUAUCUCUUACAGUAUUCUCUUGAUCUUUUUUAUGCAUGACUUUUAUACAAAUGUACUGUCAAAGAAAUCUUGGCUUUCAUGUAUUUUGAUAAUUGUGUGUUAUGUCACAAGGCAUUCCAAGUUAACCAUGUGAAAUCAAGAAAGUGCAGCAGAGACAUGGAUUCUAUUUCAUGUCCUAUUUUCUCUUUCUAUUCAAAUCGCUUCAUGUAUUAUUUCAGGUGGAAAAUUGGCAACUUUUUAAUGAGGACAUUUAAUAAACUUUGAAAUUGUAUCUUCAAAAUAUGGUAAAAGGAUUUUUUUUCAGCAUAUUCAAUGCUUUAACGUAAAGAUGCUUAGUUCUACAAGUGGGAUAUUGAUUAAUAUGUAAGAAACAAAUAAGCUAUGGUCUUGAAAAUGAACACUUGAAAUAUGGUGAAAGGAUUUUUUCAGUGUAUUCAAUGCUUUAAUGUAAACAUGCUGAGUCCUACAAGUGGAACAUUGAUUAAUAUCUAAAUGUAAGAAACAAAUAAGCUAUAGUUGUCUUGAAAAUGAACACUUGAAAUGUCCAGGUUUACUCAGCCAAGGAUUUAAUUACAUCUUGUAUCCUAGCGACUGACCAAUCCACGUGUUAAGAGCUUACUGAAAACUACUUAUAAUGUUAUGGCAGGCUAUUGUUAAAUACUUGUGCCUUUUUUGUCAUUUAUCAAAUUUGUAUGUGACAAUGUUCAAAAAGUCUGUGACCAAACUUUAAAAAUUCAUGCAGAAAUCUAAACAUCAUAAACUAUUAACACAAAUAAGAAACACAAAUGCUUCAUAUUUUACUAUGCUUUACAAGUACCUUCCAUUCUAUCUCAUGUAAUCCAGUUGUUCAGUACUUAACUCUAGAUGUGUUGAACUGAAGAUCUUGAACUACUGUAAAUAUGUUCUGUAUUGCACUCCAGACAUGUUGCGCUGAAGAUAUUCAAACUACUUUAAAUAUACCCAUUCCUUCUAUGGCUCUAACUCAGCAGUGGACGAAUGUUUUCUUAAAGCACUUAAUUGGGGGUUCUCAGUUGUAUGUCGGGGUACUUCCCAGAUAUCCUUUAACAUGUGAAAUAAAAGCAAUGAGGAGCUGUCGUCAGUGACUGUAAUUUAGUAACAUAAACCAUGAGAUCCAAGGACUUGUUGUACAUGCAGAGUAUUUAAAAUGCCUAAGUAUUAUCAGAAUGAGCACUUCUGAUUCCAGCAGCUGAAGAUUUCUUGAUUUAUGUAAAACAUCUUUAAUGGUUGUUAGUGGUAUGGAGGGGGGUGAUGGUUGGU